AAAGUGAUGAUUGCUGACAGAAGUAGUGAUUGACGAUUGUGUUCCAUUUUGAAGAAACAUUGAUAUAUUAAUUCAUUCAGCAGAACACAAGAGCUUUCAAAAAAGAUUCACAACCGUUUUGACUCUGAAUACGUUUUGGUGAAUAAUGCCCCGGAGUAUUUUACGAUCGAUUCUGUCGGACUGGAGACCAAUCUGAUGUAACGUUUCAGACAAAUUAUUUAGGCGAGACCACGUCCUAUUAACUCAAUAUAUUAUUAUUAGCUUAUAAUUAUGYUGAGCAUCGCUCGGUCGUGUACUUAGUGUCUGUGUGAUUAUUUUCGAAGUUUGGUACAGAGAGGUUUGUGAUCGAGAUCAAAUUUAACGGAAAUCGACUUGGCCUGACCCUCCGCGGUGCAUUCCUGCAGACAAUUCGUUGACGUUAACUGCAAGGCGCAUAACUCAGACGGCGGCGAUAACAUAUAUAUAUAUAUUCACGAGCUGCAGUCGUCGACUUGGGCACACUUUCGACGUCGUCGUCCGGUAAAAAUAAAAUAAAACUGACCAUCGACAACGUCAAACCGCCCUCGUCUACGUGUCGCCCGCCACCUACUCGUACAGUUUUACGGAUGGGUGACCGCGAAUGAAACGAAUCCCGGCAACGUACUGGAGUACUGUAUUAUCUCUUGCAUGUGCAGGUCACUCAUCGCCCGUUUCUGUUGAAGCUCCAAGUUCCGGUGGUUGCUGAUAAAAAAAAAACCUCCUGCAGGGACUGCGUGAAAAUCGUCUGGAUCCAAUAACGCUCGCUUGCAGCAAUGAACAGGAUUCCUAUUUGCGAGGUGAUCGACCAGCGUCCGUUGACCGACAACGACGAGCCGUCUUCCGUGUUUCGACCGCUGUCCGGCGACGAGUGCUCUGUCGCGCUGACCCACGUCCGGCCACUGCAGGCCCCGUUGGCCGACUGCGGCCCGUCCAGGUGGUUCGACGGCACGGACCGCGCGCUGGUGUUUGUGCUCGGCGAGGCGGACUGCGUGGUGGACAGGGGCCUGGAAGCGGUGGUGGCCGGCAUGCGGCCGGGCGAGCUCCGGGAGUUUUGCGUGGGCGACGGACGCGGUGGCCGCGUUACCGGCCGAGUCCGGCUGUCGGCCGUGCGGAAGACGGCUGGCGGCGCUGGCUGGCGCGGCGACGACAGGCUGAAACUCGCGGAGGCGGCCCGGCACAAGGACUUGGGCAACCGCCUGUACGGACAGGGCCGGUUCGUGGACGCGUUUCACCGGUUCAACCGAGCGGCCAGAGCGGUGCUGUUCGUCCGGGACGUGGACGCUGUCCGCGGCGACUGGGACGCCAUGUACGCGGUCGUGUGCAACAACAUGGCCGCCUGCCAGCUGCGGCUGGGCAACUACGAGCACGCCUACCGGCUGUCCUGCAAGGUGUUGGCCGUCGACCCGAGAAACGUCAAGGCCCUGGUUCGCCGGUGCCAGGCGUCCGCCGAGCUCCGCAUGUUCGAAGGCGCCUUGGUCGACGCCGUCCGUGCCCUGGACAUCGAACCCGGCAACGCGGUGGCCGAGCGGUACCGUAAUGUGGCCGCACGCGGCGUGGACGACCAGAACGCCCGUUACGGCGACAUGGUCAAGAAGAUGUUCGCCUGAGACGGCCCAGCSGCUUGUACGUACGUGUUUGUCCGUACCUAUGGMAAUUCCGACUAACAACAAAUAUAAUACGUAUCUACCUCCCCCCUGUAAUAAUUUUCAUGUUACUUCCAAUGUGUAAUAAACAAUGUUGUCAAUACCGA